CUGCCCGGCUGAAUUUAAUUUUUUUAUCCUGUCCAAUUACUACCAAAAGCAUAUUGGCGCUUCUGCCCCAGGGACAGGUAACAAAGUAACAAAGUUCAAAUGGAGAAGACAAAAAGUAACGAAGUGGGAAACAGUAAUCUCUCCUGGAAAGAGACAGGAGUUAAGUGUGAGGAUUCUGCAUGGGAAUCAGCAGCCAAGGGAAGCAGACCCCAAAUCUUGCCCUAGAGUUCUCUAAUAUUCUGUGCUGUGAACAGCAAUUCCCUCUUUACUGCCUCAGAUCGACAAGAGGUCUUGACAUGCGGCUUCCAGCACAGGCCAGGUACCCCAAGGGGUCCAGUCAUCAUGUGGGGCUGUGGGGAGAGGGUAUGAAGGCUGGUACAAGCUGUGUGGAGAAGCAUGGGCCAAUUCCUUGCUCUGGCCUCCCCACCCUCAAUACUCAUUUCUUUUCCCGGCAGGUCAUCUCAUGAAGAGGUGGAACAUGAUACUGCUCACUACUCAAUACACGCGUGAAUAGACGGUUCAGCAGAACGUGACUGUAGCUGCCCCGCACAACGCGAACCCCGAUUCACAGGAUGUAGGGAAGAACAUUUUGCGGGAGAUCGGAGCCCGGCAUCCGCAAUCUCCACAUCAGCGCUUGAAUUGGCGUCUCCAAAUCCAGUCUCCUUGGCCGGAAGUUCGUAUGGGAGGGACAGUGAUCCAUUGUAGGUGUGCCAAGUGUUUCUGCUAUCCUACCAAGCGAAGAAUCAAAAGAAGACCCCGUAACUUAACCAUCUUGAGUCUCCCAGAAGAUGUACUCUUUCAUAUCCUGAAAUGGCUUUCUGUUGGGGACAUCCUUGCUGUCCGAGCUGUUCACUCCCACCUGAAGUACCUGGUGGACAACCAUGCCAGUGUGUGGGCAUCUGCCAGCUUCCAAGAGCUGUGGCCUUCUCCGAAGAACCUGAAGCUCUUUGAAAGGGCUGCUGAAAAGGGAAAUUUUGAAGCUGCUGUGAAGUUGGGAAUCGCCUACCUCUAUAAUGAAGGCUUGUCUGUGUCAGACGAGGCCUGUGCUGAAGUGAACGGCCUGAAGGCCUCUCGCUUCUUCAGUAUGGCUGAGAAGUUGAAUAUGGGUUCUGAGCCCUUCAUCUGGCUCUUCAUCCGCCCACCAUGGUCAGCAUCUGGAAGUUGCUGCAAGGCCGUGGUCCACGACAGCCUCAGGGCAGAGUGCCAAUUACAAAGAACUCAUAAAGCUUCCAUACUACACUGCUUGGGAAGAGUGCUAAAUCUUUUUGAGGACGAAGAGAAAAGGAAGCAGGCUCACACCCUUUUUGAAGAGUCCGCUCAUCAGGGAUGCCUGGCCAGCUCAUACCUCCUUUGGGAAAGUGAGAGAAAGAUGGACAUGUCUGAUCCUGGACGAUACCUCCACAACUUCCGGAAACUCAGGGACUAUGCUGCCAAAGGCUGCUGGGAAGCACAGCUGGCUCUGGCCAAAGCCUGUGCAGGUGGAAGCCAGCUUGGACUGGAGUGGAAAGCCUGCAGUGAAACGGUCUGCCAGCUCUUCCAGGCCUCCCAGGCUGUCAACAAGCAGCGAGUUUUCUCUGUGCAGAAGGGGCUCAGCGACACGAUGAGAUACAUUCUAAUCGACUGGUUGGUAGAAGUUGCCACAAUGAAGGACUUCACAAGCCUGUGUCUCCACCUGACAGUGGAGUGUGUAGACCGGUACUUGAGGAGGAGGCUGGUACCCCGCUACAAGCUCCAGCUUCUGGGCAUUGCCUGCAUGGUCAUCUGUACCCGGUUCAUCAGCAAAGAGAUUCUGACCAUUCGAGAGGCUGUGUGGCUCACAGACAACACAUACAAGUAUGAGGACUUGGUGCGAAUGAUGGGAGAGAUCAUCUCUGCCCUGGAAGGGAAGAUUCGAGUCCCUACCGUGGUUGAUUACAAAGAGGUCCUGCUGACACUGGUCCCAGUUGCAGCCAGAACCCAGCACCUGUGCAGCUUUCUCUGUGAGCUGUCCCUGCUGCACACCAGCCUGUCGAUCUACGCCCCAGCCCGCCUGGCCUCUGCAGCCCUGCUCCUGGCCAGACUGAUGCAUGGACAGAUACAGCCCUGGACCUCUCACCUAUGGGACCUCACCGGGUUCUCUUACAACGACCUCACGCCCUGCGUCUUGAGCCUUUAUAAAAAAUGUUUCCAUGAUGAUGCACCCAAGGACUACAGACAGGUCUCUCUGACUGCUGUGAAGCAGCGCUUUGAGGAUAAGUGCUAUGAAGAAAUCAGCAGGGACGUGGUACUGAGCUAUGCAGAGUUGUGCGCUGCACUCGGAGUGAGACAAGAGAGCCCAGAGCCCCCAUCUUUCCCUAGCACAGGGGAGAUCCACACCUUCCUCACCUCGCCCUCUGGGAGGAGAAGCAAACGGAAGCGGGAGAACAGCCUUCAGGAGGACAGGGACAGCUUUGUCACCACGCCCACCGCAGAGCUGUCUAGCCAGGAGGAGACGCUCCUGGGCAGCCUUCUGGACUGGAGCCUGGACUGCUACUCUGGCUAUGAAGGAGACCAGGAGAGUGAAGGAGAGAAGGAGGGUGACGUCACAUCUCCCAGUGGACUCCUUGAUGUCACUGUGGUCUUCCUGAAACCAGAACAACACUGCUGCCAGGAAUCCAGUGAUGAGGAGGCCUGGCCAGAGGACAGGAGCCACCAAACGCCAGGCACCCAGGCACCUCCAGCCCCAGCUCCCAGGCCUCUUCUCUGCCACAGGGGAGAGCUGGGCAAGGACAUCACGACCUCUGGGUACUCGUCCGUCUGCAGUGCCAGUCCCCUGAGUUCCCUGGAUGGUGGCAUGGGGGGCUCUCCCCGAUCUACCUCAGUGCUGUCUGUGGGCAGCUACUCAAGCACACAGCCUGGCCACCACCAGGCCAAGAAGUCAUGUUUACAGUGUCGUACCCCAAGCCCCCCAGAGAGUGGGGUUCACCAUCAACGGGUAAAGCGCCAAAACCUAUCAGUGCACGGUGAUGAGGACACGAACUUGGGGUUCCUGAAGCUCUGAACAUGUCAGUGUUUGCCAUGGUGAAUGUUUACUGGGGAGGGCUGCUGUAUCUCUAGGACACUGAAGGCAGGUGCUGUGUGGACCCCAGCAGGGAGUUCAGUGCGAGCCGUCAGAAUACCGGACAGUGAAAGCUCAGCCUCUUUUCGGACAAGAGCCUCACAGCCGUCAGGCCUCACCUGUGGAAGCCAUCGCUCUGCCCUCUGUGUCCUGCUGUCCCUGGGAGCAUGGGCCUCUGUGCUGGUGUUCACAAUCCCAGGCCAGGGGCUGGCGGCUUCCUUGGAAUGCUAGUGGCCCAGGGAGCCUAACACAGUUCAAAGCCCCGCUGCGUGUCUUAUUUUAGGCCAGUGGGGAGCUGCCAUCUGAACACAUCGCUGCCUGCUUCAGCCUGUGUCCCUGCAUAUCAGUGUUGACUACAGCCUAAUGGUCAGGUGUGAGGACCUUGAAGCUGGGGCUAAAGGUUCCUCCCUUUAAAGAUUCCUCCCUUUAAAGGUUCCUCCCUUUGGCACUUUGAGCUCAGUUUCAAAAUCUGUCCUGUCAGAGUGGUUUGUCUGUGCCCCAUUGUACUAUGUGACCGUCUGUCUGCACUGAAUUUCUAGGCCAUUCUUUCCUCAUCUUUAUUUCUAGGUUUCAUCUUUAAAAAAAAAAAAGGAACCAUUUGAAAUAGAGGCUAUCAAAUAAAAAGAUAACAGAUUCCCAAUAUUGCUGAGCUUUAACUGAAAAGAAACAUGGUGACUCAUCAUGGCAAUCUCAGCAGCCAGAAAUGUGUGGUAAGAGGACCAGAAGCCCCAGGUCAGGCUGGGCUGGGUCAUAUGACCUUAGAAAAAGGAAACUGGUACCAGCCUCUGGGUUCUAGCUUUGUGUUCUCUCCUUAUGAAAAAUGAAUCUUUCUAGAGGAUAGCCAUAAGCAAUCAUUGUAAUAUCCAAAUUAACAAAGAUGCUGGAAUCCACGGGAAGAAAGCAGAUCACUGGACUUGCUAGGUUUAUGGCCAGAUUCCACAAGAAGAAAGCAGCUCACCGGAUUCUCUCGUUUAUGGCCAGAUUCCACGUGAAGAAAGUAGGUCACCGGUCCUUUUGUGCUGGUCAGAGACCUCAGGAAUGUCUGCUUCCCAUGUAAGGCAGCUGGCCUCGACACCUGGGGAUCCUGCUGAAGGCCGAGUAGAUAGGCUGACCCUGCAUGUAUACUUCUGUUUCCUCUUGAAAAAAGUAUCAGAAGUGCCCCCCAAAUACCCUUGAGCCAAAAGUACAGGUGGAGAAGGGGUGAGCUCAGUGUUCAUCUUCUGUGCUGUCCGCAGUGGCAGCUCUUUUUGAUACUCUUAGCAGAAUCCUAACCACUCUGGCUGGGGCAUGUUGGUAGGAGAGCCCAAGCCUUUGGAUUGUAGUCCGACACCAUUGUGUUCGCCGGUGUGUGAGCCUGUUUCCUCGGCUGUAAGGGGACAGUGAUACCUACCUCACAGGAAUGUUGUGAGGAUUAAAUGUGAAGAGACUCGUGAUAUAAGCAAUCUGCCUCCCAUCUUGUCCAUGGUGUCCCUGGUCAAAAUCCCAACUCACUGGGGCUGUAGAAAUGGUUCCCUGUAAGAGCACCUGUUACUCAUGGAGAGGACCUGGUUUUGGUUCCUAGCACCCACAUGGUGGUUUACAACCACCCUAAAUUCCAGUUCCAGGAUAUCUGACCUCUGUACCACCAUGUGUACAUGUGGUAAACAUACAUACAUACAGGCCACACACAUGCAAUAAAAAUCAAUCUAAGAA